CACGUUAAAGCCGAUCUGCAUCCAAGCCUGGCCAAUCCGUCUUGAUGUGGCUGUUGCAUUUUCGGUUCGAAACGACCACAUACAAGUUAACAAAAUUAUUCGGCUUGUAGCUUCUAAACAUGUUGACGCUUACGCCGCUAUUGAGCAGCGUUACACUCGCCUUCACUUUGGGCUUUGCAUUUAGUGCCGCUGAUGAAAGUUGCUCGAUUGACGGUGGCUACAACUACGAAAGUUUGUUCAAUUCUGUCUGGAGGGCAGAAAUAAAGGGGCAUUGCUUAAGAUCGACAAACACCGAUUGUUCCUGGUACCUUCAGUUCUGCAAUAAGGUGCCUAUCAACCCCUGUGGUGUCGGGCAUGCAUGUGAGGUCAAUACCAGUGGUCUGGACCCACUCUCCAUAGGAACGUUCCAGAAACUACUUCCACAGGACCAUUCGAGCUUCAUUGUCAGGUUUGAAGAGUCCAAGGGGAGCAACGAAACCAAGUGCAUGGAUAAGAAAAUUGUGCUCAAUCUGAUCUUCAGUUGUGAUGAAAAGAAAAACAUUGUCAUCGGGCCAGGAGCAGAGCUAACAAAGCUUGAUUACACUCCGCUCAUCGUUUCUACCGAUUGCGAGCGCAACAUCACAAUCCCGUUUUCUGGUGCCUGCACCCCGGAGGCGCCCACUGGUGGUUUGAGUGCUGGAUCUGUUCUACUAAUCUUGUUCUUCAUUGCACUGCUGGUGUACCUGAUUGGUGGUAUCCUGAUCAACCACAACAAUGGGGCACGUGGCUGGGAGAUGGUGCCCCACCACCAGUUUUGGAGCGAGCUGCCCGGACUCUGCGUGGAUGGCUGUGUGUUCUUCGUCAAGUACAUUACCUGCCAGGGCGGCCCAGUGAGCUACGGAAUGCCGGGAGGUGGGGGAAACAGGAGCUAUGACAACAUCUGAAGAUCUGCUAAAUUAAGAAACUUUCAAAUGAAAUGUUCGUUCACAGGUUGAGGGGAUGUUUGGCAGAACCAAGUUUUGUGAGCAGUGGAAUGAUUGCCUAGCUUGCAAGGCUUUCAGCCCGUGUAUCUCUCCAAGUUCGCCAUGGAAAUUUUUUGUGCUCUUUUUUUUUUUUUUCAUGCACGAUGCACCCAUCCCACAGAAUCCACACAUAUUCACGUGCAAGUUUGACAUGUGUGCUGAUAAACUCUGUUUGCAGACUGGAACUACACCGUGUUUGAGUUAGUUCUGCAUUGACUGGAGCACUGGAGAGUAUGUUAGUAUAUUUAAUCUCUAAAUAUAGCGAAUUUCAUGUAUGUGGCCCUUUGAGAUUAGGUGCCUUGCCACAUAUUUUUUAGCACAAAUAUUCGCGGUAGUACGUACCGUUCUGUUUAAAAUAGUGUUUUUUGCAUAAACUCAUUUUUGUUCGGCGUCUUUCAGGUGUGCAAUAUUGUUAUGUUGUUGUCAUGUUUGUAUGCGCGUGUGCUGUUUUUACACAACUCGUGUGGUGUACGGCAAGUGUAACACUUGGCUGCACAUAAUUCAUGGGAGAUGACUUCUCGUCCAUCAAGUGCCUCUGAUGCUGCCCAGCUGGUUCCUAGAUCUUGUCAAGCUGUACACCAUCUUCAGCAGUGUUUUUGAUAGUGAUGUUGCUGAAAUUAAAUAAAUAUUGCGUUACUUAAACCAGGA